AUGGAGACGGAUUGCGGCAUGGAGCUCCAUUUGGGCGAUCGCACUGUCAAAGUUCCCGCCAAGAUGAAGCUGAUGUAUUCGGAUUUUGCUGUCAACGAAAUCUCUGCCGAAAAGGAGGUUCUCCGUUUGAAAAGCCGCGAAGAGAUAGCACAACAAGUUGCGAUCAGCGAUCAACCGGCUGUGAUUGAUACAGCCGUCGAGCGCCCGGCUACGAUAAGCGCCGAAGUCGAGGAGAAGAUCGAUGAAAUCUUCACGAAAAAGAGCGGAUUUGUUGAUUUUCCUAUCCAGGAACUGGACAAGGAGCAGCGGAAAGAGGUGCAUGUUUUUGUGAGGAAACGCUAUGCCGGUCAGCUCGUCUCGGAAACCCAGCCGCAGGCUAUCCGCGUCGCAUACGGGCGGAAAAAUCUAAAUGUUGCGCGUCGCGACGUGCCGGAUUUCUGCCAUUUUACGUUGGCAAAAGAGGCGACCGAGACAGCGUAUGCCUUGCAGCUUUUAUCGAAAUUUAUGAAUAUUAAACAGAAGGACUGCUUCAAAUCAUGCGGCAUAAAGGAUCGCCGCGCCGUAACGACACAGAGGAUCAGUGUGCCGAGGACGACUAUAGAGAAACUAUUGGAUCUCAACAAGCGGCUUCGCAAUAUCCAAGUCUAUGAUUGCCAAUACAUGAAGACGCCGUUGAAGCUCGGGGCUCAUUGGGGCAACCGCUUCAACAUCAUCUUGAGGGAUAUACAGGAAGAGCAGCACGGCAUGAUUCAAGAGCGAAUAGCCGAGUUUCCAAAACGGGGAUUCAUCAAUUAUUUUGGGACACAGCGGUUCGGCAGCUUUGGAACGAGCACGGCAGAUGUUGGACGCGAGAUUUUGCGAAGAAACUGGGAGGCAGCGAUUACACUGAUUCUCUCCAACAAAGGCGCAAAUGGGACCGUCGGUGAUGCCACGGCAGAAUGGGCGAAAUCGAAGGAUGCGAAGAAGGCGUGGUAUAUGAUACAGGGCGCCACUCGUUUCGCUUCCGUUGAGGGACAAAUUUUGGGAGCAUUAGCAAAAGGCGCUUCCUGGCAAGAAGCUAUCCUCAAAUUACCCCCUUUCACCGCCAGUAUCUACAUCCACGCUUAUCAAAGUCUACUUUGGAAUAAGGCGGCUUCACGCCGUGUCCGUGAGGGUGGCGAAAAGACGAUUCCCGGGGAUUUUGACGCAGAAGGCAAACCGUUGGCGGACGGUGCGUCGCAUUUUUCCAUCUACAUGCCCAUCCCUGGAACACAAGUGGAAUCACCAAAUUACGCUUGCGAAUGGUUCGACGAAAUGUUGACGGCUGAUGGCCUAACGGUUGAUUCGUUCAAGUCGUUGCACAGCCGGUUUGCUCUCGGAGACUCGCACCGACCCCUCUUCAUCCUUCCCGAAGACGUCGAAUCGGAAUUUUUGGAAUACGAGGAUGAGCGGGCUCUCCUACUUCCCGGUCUCGUGACCAAGGCGUUGGAACCGGAAGCUCGCGGCUCUGGUCGCCAUGCGUUGAGAAUUGCAUUCAGCUUACCCUCCGGCACCUAUGCGACGGUUGCGUUGCGCCAGAUUACCGGGUUUGACAUGGGCAAGCAGAGCAUGAAGGAACUGAGCUCAAUACCCGUUGAUGAUGCUGCGGACGAGGACGUGGAAAAUGCCGAAGAGACUGAGGACGAGCCAGCAAAGAAAAGGCUAAAGGAGACUAUUGACGAUUCUGCCACCGUGGUCGCC